GGGCUGUCGCAGCAGGUUGACGAUAUAGACAUUUAUUUGUUUCGAAUAUAUCGAUAUACUGAUAUUAUUUCCCUCAUCCCGCAUCAGCUGAAAAAAAACGCAGGAAAAUCGUGCAAAAUGUUCAAAAAAUUCGAGGAGAAGGACAGCAUUUCCAGCAUUCAGCAGCUGAAGUCCUCGGUGCAGAAGGGCAUACGUGCCAAGUUGCUGGAGGCAUACCCCAAGCUGGAGAGCCACAUUGACCUGAUCCUGCCCAAGAAGGACUCGUACCGCAUCGCCAAGUGCCAUGACCACAUCGAACUGCUGCUGAACGGAGCCGGCGAACAGGUGUUCUUCCGCCAUCGCGAUGGCCCCUGGAUGCCCACCCUGCGGCUCCUGCACAAGUUUCCCUACUUCGUGACCAUGCAGCAGGUAGACAAGGGAGCCAUCCGCUUCGUCCUCAGUGGAGCGAACGUCAUGUGUCCGGGCCUGACCUCGCCGGGCGCCUGCAUGACCCCGGCGGAGAAGAGCACCGUGGUGGCCAUCAUGGCCGAGGGCAAGGAGCACGCCCUGGCCAUCGGACUCCUCACGCUAUCCACGCAGGAAAUUCUGGCGAAGAACAAAGGCAUCGGCAUCGAGACGUACCACUUCCUCAACGACGGCCUGUGGAAGUCGAAGCCCGUGAAGUAGGCGAAAUAGGAAUCUGCACUUGCACUUUUUAGUCUUCUAUGUCAUGAGAGCAAAGAAUGGUUUUUGAUAUACGCAACUGAAUCCUGUUUAUUAUUUUCUCUCCUAAUUUUACACUGUCAGUUAAACUAUUUAAACAAUGCGAAAUAUAAUUAAUGGCAUUUAAAACGAA